UUUUAGAUCUGUUGUUUGUUCUCUGAUUGAAUCUUGUGUUUUUAUGUGAUUCUGGUGGUGUUUGUUUGCGAUCUUGUUUGAAUGUUGAUGAAUUUAGGUGUUUUUUGAUUUUCGGGGGGGUUUUGUGGAUUUGGAGUGGAAACUGGAGAUCUCUUGGUGCGGGUUGUGAUUUUGGUGUUCUUGAUUGCUUUCUUAGGGUUGACUGCUCGGGGUUUUGGAUAAUUGUAUGUUUAAAUGCCGGCGAUGGUGGAUGUGGAUUUGUGGAUCUGUUGCGGUUCCGUUUACGCGUUAUGUUUUGGAGGGAAAUGACUUUGAUUGUUUCAUUAAAUUUCAUUUGCAAUUUUUUAAAGAAAUUUGGGUUUGAUUUGAAAUGCGACCUGUUCGUUUAAUGUCCUUAGUUUCUCCGCUUCGAUGUCUAUGCGCAAAUUCUUGCUUCUCAUUCCCCUGAUUGCUUGUUCCUUAUUGAUUGCGCAAAUUCAUGAACACUGCAUUCUUUUUUAUUUUUUCUGUUUGUUCCUGUACAAGAACAUUCUAAUUUGAACAUAUUUUGGUUCUCAUAAAACCCUCAAAACUUUUGUGUAGUUGGAAUGUCUAAGGAAUAUUUGAAUUUCUUGGAUGUUGGGAAAAGAUGAUAAAUCAAUGUACAUUUUGUAACUCAUACGUUUUAAUGUUCCAUGAGUGCAGAGUUCUUAGUGGUAUCUCUCCAUAUUGAAAUGAUAUUUUUCUCCCUCCAUUGUUCUUCAAUGUGAGAUCUUCCGUAGUGCAAAAAGAGGGAAAUUCUUUUAGAUUGAAAGAGAGAUGUCAUAAUCUAUUAUCAUUACUUUUCCUGUGAUGCCAUUGCCUGACUGUUAAUCUUAGGCGCGAUUCUUCGGCUAUAUGAACACGGAGUACUAUAUCUGAAGUAAAUGAUGAUGUUGGUUCUCAGAAAUGGUGGCAUGAAAAUUUUCUAUUUUGUCGUUUAUGUCGAGCUAAUUAUAAUUCGAAUGCCCAAGCGAUUGCGUAACUGGCUUUACUGGCAUUUUUUGUGCUCUAAUAUUCCUAUUGAUAAUGUUAAUCUUGGAAGAUGCCGGUGUCGAAGUCGAAAUCAUCCUCCAAGGAUAAGCCUUCUGCUAGGGCUGCUGCCAAGAAACAGCUGAAGGCGUCGAAAAACAAUGCUUCUAAAAGUUCAAAUAGGAGACCAGCAGCCACUACUUCUCACAAUCCAGUUGAAGAAUUGGUUCAUACCGUUGAAAUAUCAUCAACACUAGCCGCUUCUUCACCCCAAUCUGACAAUGGUCAUUUCCAGCAUAUGGAAGAUACAGACGACCACUUGAGCAGUCCACAUGGUAUGGUAUCUGAUUUUGAUUUGUCAUCCAACAAUGGUAGCUGCUCGGGUGAGUCGGAGGAUCAAAAAGAUAAGAUAGCUGAUUCUUCGAACCAGCAGGAGAGGGCAUCUGGAUGUGACCAUGAAAAGCGGGAGAAGAUUCGUCUAAAGAACGAGAAGAAACACCAGAGAAAGAAAGAGAAACGGGCUCAGGAGUUGCAUGAACGAUGUAAAGGCUACCUAAUGUCUAGAAAGCUUGAAGCUCUUUCUCAUCAAUUGGUCGUUAUGGGGUUCUCUCCCGAAAGCGCUACCAUGGCACUGAUGUUAAACGAGGGUAAGCUCGAGGAAUCCGUCUCCUGGCUCUUUGAAGGAAACCAGGAAGAAGCCCGGAACAAGGACACUGCGAAUUUUGCAAGUGGAGGUAACUUGAAGAUUGAUAUUAGCAGUGAGCUAGCACAUAUCUCAGCUCUUGAAGCACGGUACAAAUGCUCAAAGCAAGAGGUUGAACGAGCUGUAGUUGCUUGUGGAGGCGAUCUUGAUAGGGCGGAAGUUAUUGUAAGAGAUCAAAAGCAGAAAGAACAUUUCAAUCAGUCGAAUCUUGAAGUUGUCGGUGAAACGAAGAGUAUGCCAAGGGCGCAAGAAAUGCCAGGGCCUGCAUCUGGCUUUGCAAAGCAGUCGAGCAAGAACGAUCGAGAACUUAGCCUUAAUAGCGCUGCAAUGACAGUGCCAGCAUGGUUAGAAGCAGGCAGUAGAAGUCAACAACAGUCUUUGAAGACGACUGAUCAACCGAGGCUGCUAAGGGGAGGGGAGAAGAGAUGGCCUGCUGUAGGAUCAGGCCUUUCUUCGUCCACUUCGACACCGCCAUUGCCUGUAGUUCAUCAUCCAUACUCGAAAGCAGAGGCUCAAAUUGGUGCUUCCAAUAACGAAGCAAUCAGUCUACAGCAAGACGCACCGGAGCAGCCAGUAGAGCCGGUAGUUUUUAUGCAGCAGCCACAAUCCAUAAACGGAUUGCAGAACUCGGUCUCCAGUCCCAUACUUCCCGGAAUAACGUCACGGUAUUCGAACAAUACUUCAGCAAUUAAAAACAUCAUUUCAAGUGACAAAUUGCUGCACAACCAGAGCAGAGUGAGCGUUGGUGCCGAAAACCAAAGGUUAGAGCAGAUCUACCAUCAGGCUGUCCAUCAUCAACCACAGUUCAUGUCGGGUCCAGUCGAAUUGCUAUCGUCAGGGCUCGACAUAUCAUGGGGGAAAGAGAACACAUCUUCAACAUCUUCACACUCAUUUCCUUCAGAACUGCAAAGUUUAUGGAAAGCAGGGGGUGGAACUGUAUCUUCAUUUUCGGUCCCAUCGUCCUAUGUAUCAAACUCGAACCUCAGCCAGGGCGGGACAGCAGCACAAGCAUCCGGGCUAUUAUCACAAAUGGACUGGAACAUCGGGGGGCUGAUGCCAUAUUGUGACUACAACAGAAUAGACUGGACUCUGCAUAGCCCAAGUGGGCGAGCAAGCGAGAUGUCGUUGUCUCUGGGGUUUUCUUCGUCGUCGUCGACGUACAGCUCGGGGAUGCAGGGUGGGGGGGGAGGGGUAAAAGAUAUGUCGUCAUCGUCAGGCGGAUUGCGGGAUUGGACCUCGCCAUUUGCAGGAAAGGACCUAUUCAGCGCGCCUAGACAACUGGUAACGUCUCCAUUUCCUUAGGGGGGAUUGGGGGAAGAAUGUAAACAUAUUGAUUGCCUGAUUGUUGUUGCUAUGAGGAUGGCCUUUUCCUGUUGCUUAUUUGUAGUUUCAUCAAAUGAAGAAGAAGGUGCAUCUCCAUAUCUCU